UUGCUUAUUUUUAGAUUCACUUCAGUGUUUCUGUCUGUAGAAUUUGGGCAAUGCGAUUAUUUUGCAUGAGCAUGUAUUGGUUUGUGAUGUUAGGUUUUGAAUGGUAUUUGAUUUGGAAUUUGAUUUUAACCUUGAUUUCUAGAUUAACGGUGUGUGUUUGAGUCCUACGAGUUUCAAACAAAAGAGACAACAUCCUCCGGCAAUACAGCGGACAAAAUCUCAAGAUCGUAAUGAUGGGUCAUCAUUUUCUCGAUCCCGUAGUUCUAGUAUGUCUAGUAUAGAAAAUGUAUCUAAAGAAGCCAUUCAAUGUUUAACAUUUGCUGACUCAUAUACUCGCAAAACAGAUAAUUUUACAUGUCCAUGUUUGUAUGUGGGAACCAGUCUAGGGUCUGUGAUAGUUAUAGUUUUAAAUUUACCAACUUCAGAGGAACAGAGAGCAACACAACCAGUGAUUGUCUCUCCUAGUGGUACAAUAUUCCGAUUAAAAGGGUCAAUAUUAGCCAUGUCAUUUUUAGACUGUAAUGGAGUGUUAAUACCAUCCCAAUGUGAACAUUGGAAAGAAUCACCAGGAAACCCCAAGGAAGCUAGAGAUAUGACCAGAGAUGAAAGAGCUUUAAAAUUUAGUAAGUCUGGACAGAUGUCUGUUACAAGUAAACAAAGAAUAUCGCCUACAUCAUCAACUGAGUUGUGUGAUCGACAAUUUGGCAUCAUCUGUUCAGAAAAACAAGCUCGGGUGAUGUCAUUACCUUCCCAAACAUGUGCUUACAAGGCCCAGAUCACAGAAAAUUCUUUUGUUGUCCGUGCUGAAGUUGUUUCUGUUAGAGAGAGUGUAUGUUUAAUGUGUUAUGUUGCCAAUGGUCGUAUAUUGGCCUAUAGUUUACCCAGUUUAAAACCACUUUUAAAUGUUGAUUUUUUGCCUCUUACCGACUACAGAGUUGCACGGACAUUCUGUUUCAGUAAUAGUGGUCAUGCCUUAUACCUUUGUUCUCCUACAGAAAUACAGAAAAUAACCUACUCAUCAGAAAUAUGUGACAAUUUAAAUGAAAUGUUAGGAGAUUUGUUUUUACCAUGUGAAACACCAGAGGCACCCAAACAAAGCUUCUUCAAAAAUCUUUUUGGAGGAGGAACUGGUGUUUUAGACAGAGAAGAAUUGUUUGGCGAGUCUAGUGGCAAAGCAUCAAAAGGUUUAGCCAAACAUAUUCCUGGUUCUGGAGGAAUGGCUCAUUUAAAAGCAGAGAGUACUGGUAUUGCUGGAGAUUUGGCACGUACUAGAUUGGCUUUAAAUGAGAGAGGGGAAAGACUUGGCGAUUUAGAUGAUAGAUCGGCUCAAAUGAUGGCCCAGGCAGAAAGUUUUGCUCAAGCAGCACAUCAAAUCAUGAACAAAUACAAAGAUAAAAAGUGGUACCAGUUUUAGUGAAUUGCACACCAUUAGUUACAGUGGCUUAGUCAUCAAGGAAGACUACAGUUGUUGCAGUCUAGCAUUGCUGUGCAUGUUGGCACCGCCAGGCUUGUCGCCUCUUCCAACUCUGUGGAAAGUUUUGUCGUUCAGCAACAAACGUUUCGGUUGCUGAACUCUAGCAACAGAAUUCCUGGGUUUCACAUGUCUGAAGGGGCAUCGCCGACACAGAUCAAAUACCUCUAGAUUUUUCCCUACAUCUGCUCAACUGGGGACCUUUUCAUUCCAGAAUGGAUACUAUGUGAUGAUUUUUUUCGUUGUUAUGCUGAUAACAUGAUUUGUUUUAUUAUUGUAAACUAUGUACUAUAAUCACCUUAUUUUGUAUAUUUAGUUGUUUAAGUGUGAUGUUACACCAAGGGUUUAUGUCUAUUUGUGUUGUUUUAGAAUUUUAGUCGGUGAUUAGGUACUGUCUUGUGACACUAGAAGUACAGUAUAGGAAAUUAUACUACCACAACAAGGUAAACAAGUGCAAUAUUGUCAAUUUGUGUGAAAUGUUGCCUAGUCCAUAUUGGUCUACCAUUGUUUUAGGCUGUAGAGAUUGUUCCUCUUAUAAUGUUAUAUGUAUUAAGAGAGAUUGUAUAUGUUAUUAUGGCUGUGAUUGUGUUGUUUGUUCAUACAGAGCUUAUUUAUGUUGUAUAUAGACGUUAGAUUUUUGUACAUUUGGUUUUAUUAAUGCAUUCCAUGUUCGCAUGGGACCAAUUCGCAGCUAACCAAUUAACGGCUACUAAUAAUACUAUCAACCACAAUUAUUGUAGAACAUAAUUUAUCUGUUAAGGGUUUUCUUUACACAACAUUUCAACAUUAUUAAAUCCUUCCCUGAAUUCAGAAUGAGUUUGAAGAUGGAAUUAAUAUUAGUUUAAAUUUAAAGAAAACUCAUUAUGUUCUAUUUAUUAUUUAAAUAUUGUUGUUAAUAAGUUAGUUGAUUUAUAGAAAUGUAUACACAAUCAAAAUAGCUUUGUGUUUAAUUUAGAGUUCAGGUUAUUUUUAUUGAUAUAUAAUUUGUCAUCACAGGACUAUUAUUACAUUUAUAUUCUCUACAAUCCUAACCAAAGAUUGUUUGGAUGAAUUGGGCAUUAUACAAUUCAAGUUAUUGUUGCAUUUCUCAUUUUGCAUUCAGUACAAUAAAUUUGUGUGAUCAAUAAAUAAUACUGUUUAUGUUUAUUCUGUGAAAACAAUAUGGUGUAGUAAUUCAUUCUAUUUAAAUAGCAUAGGAAAAUGCAAUUUAUUCUCAAGAGUAUAUCAAUUUUGGAUUCAAAAUUAUAUGGAAAUCAAAUUUAUUCCUUCAAGUGAAAAUAAUAUUUUUAUGUUAUACUGUUCUAUUAUGGACUCAAGAUUGAAUUAUUUAUCUAAAAUAUUUAUUAAAUUAAUAUGUUAUGGUCAUAAUUUAUUCAAUUACAAAUAUAGGUUAUUCAGUUACAAUCAUAAUAUUUAUUCAUUUAUUAUUAUAAUUUAUGCCAUUAUGAUACUGUGACAUAUUCAAUUUAUUGAAUCUUAACUUUGAAAUCCUAAGCAUAAUCUGUAGUGCUACAAACUAAAGACUAUUUAAUAACAUGUUGCUUUACUCAUUCCUUAUUUUAUUAGAUGUUUUACAAAUAAAAUUUCUUCUUGGCUGUAAAGCUUAUACGUACAAUGGGUUUAAUCAAUUGAUUGAACAGAUUUUAAAUAAUUGAGGGAAAAAGUCUCCUUACCCACCUUUAAAAUCUUAGUUCUCAAAUUAAUUAAUGCCCAGGCUAUUAAAACUUUAUAACAUAUAAACUUUCUGGUAUUGCAGUGAAUUAGCUCGAUGAAAUAUAUUUAAUUUUUUUGGUGGACAAUGCUGCUGUGAGAAAAAAAUGUACUUAAAACUUUCAGUCUGAUAUGAUUAUGAAUAAUCAAAUGAUCAACACAUUCAAUGUACUUGUUUUGUAAAAGGGUGCUAUCGAAAUAUUUAGUCCAUACAAAAUGGUCACUAUGAUGGUGUUAAAAGAUGUUUAGGUAUCACUUUUGUGAAGAUUUACAGGAAACAGAAGGCAAAAAAUCUAAAAACUAAGAGUCAUCCUUGAUCGACAGUUGAUUGUAACUUAAUGUCAUAACUAUUUCAUCCAUAGUGUUUUCAUUAAUUAAUCUUGAAACACUAUCAUACUUUUAGAAUUAGGAUGUAGAUUUCAGGUGUUGACACAUUAUAUAUUACUUAUGAUA